AUGCCCGACUCCAGAGCGGUGGGCUUUUCGUUCCAAGCCGAUGUCGUGAAUACAGCUUCGUUGGCCCAUCUUCUUACCGGCCGUGUCCUGAAGGCCAUGAGCGACGGUGGGGUAGACGUGUACGCUGUCACGGUAUCGAUGUGCCUGGGUAAUCUCAUUCCCAUCCAGCCAUCCCUCGAGAGUGCUGUUUUUCAACAUAUCAGGUCGCUCAAGAGCUGCCAGGGUAUUGUGGCCAAGGCACUGAGUAUUGGCUGGGGCCAUUCGCUUAUCCCAUGCGAGAUGUCUCGGACUAAGGCCGGUACAUCAUUGCUACUCCUGGUCGGAGCACUUGCUACCGGCUCUAACGCCUUCUCCGCCGCUCACUGCUUAUCCGAGUUGCUGACUCUCUCGGGGUGCGAGCCCGGGAGCGUUCCCAAUAUCGAUGUCCUGAAGAACAUGAUUACAUACCUAGCACCCUUUGUCCAAGAACUUGGAUUUUGCAAAGUGCUCGACCAUGUUACUACGACGUGCCAGAAACAGAUUCUCCAGUCCAACAAGGACGAGGCAGGCCUCGUUGCCUGUGGCGAUAGCCCUGUCCUGGCCGGAGUAAUCCAUCAACUUUGCCUCACUGCGAAGAGAGAGGAGUCGAUAUAUCUCAUCGUCAGACAAAGGGGAGCAUGGAUUGCAAGUUUCGCAAGUUACCUCUUAGGACUAUCAGUUGAAGUUCUCCUGGAAGACACCGUGCUGUGGGCGUCAGCGGGGAGCAGCGGGAAAGUAUCACUACAGCUCGCUCCUGGCUUCACGAGCUCCGGUGCGGUACAGCUGCACGGCCGCCAUACCCUGACUCUUGUUCCAGAACCAUCGGACCCGGCUGGAAGGACGCCUCUGGUUAUAUACUAUGACCCGGCGAUGGCUCUUGACGCUGAGCUGAGCCAGAUUCCUGAAAUCCCAGCCUCCCGUUAUGCAGGAAUCCAGACAGCAAUUGCACGACUGUGUCUUGCCGUGCUCGAGAAGCUGUGCGUCGCGAAGCCUACCCCUGGACUAGAUUCUACGCAGUCUUCUACCCUACCAUCAACCAGGAAUAGGCUCCUGAGCUCACAGCCCACAAUUAGGCUUCUCUCUGUCUUUGGCAUCCCUGACCAACUCAUCGAGAUAGGGAAGAAGGAUUUCAGAACAUACGAGUCUAGAAACUGGGAUUAUGAAGAUGACUCUGGAGCCAACGGACUUUACUAUCUGGAUUCGGACCAGAAAUCUUGGUUAAAAUCAGUCUGCCCCAGCGCCGCCUGCAUCCACUUGGUGGGAUCAUUGGAAGUAGCUGGCUGUCUUUGUGCUCGCGUCGGUCACAUUAUUGGCGGCUUUGCUUCCACGAUUAUAGCGUUGGGUCAGUGCGUGGCUGAUGUCAAGGAUCUGCGGCUCCGUGCCGAUGUUCUUAACGGGUCGGUCAUAACUGAAUGGUCGCGAGAACUCCUUCUAAGUGCGAGCGUGAUACAUGACCUUAUCGGGCACCUAGGCCAACUUGUAACCUGGAGCCUCUCUGACGUUGACGGCACGAUCGAACGAUCUUCCCAAGGGGACAACCUUGUUCUUGGCGUCAGUGCGGACGCUCAUACCAUUACUUACACAGCUCUCCUCGGUGACGAAGCUUUCGAUGAUCAUGGACGCCUGCUCACGAUCACCUCGGGGCGGGCUACAGUCGACGGUCUGUUCAGGAAUUACCUUAUUGAGAGAAAGAUCGGUUUCAGCAGCAGUAGCGAAGAUACGCCGUCCCUCCUUGCCCAUGGCUCUUUAAUUGAACCACACUACUACCCCGGGCGCCUUCGGGUAUGGAUAGAGACUGGAGUCAUUGAUGAGGGAAUUCUCGUUGGUGCCUUUCUGGGGCAUAGCGAACAGAGCACGCGAAUAUCUCUAGUGAGGUGCGCCGAGUCUAUGAAAUACAUCGUCGUGCCGAGAUACCGGCCAGUCGCCACAACACUUGAUAUCACCAUUCAGCUACGGGCCCGCUAA